CAACCAACCAACCCCCAUGGCUUUCACUUCCCAACAAACCGCUUUCCUAAACAAAUGCCUCUAGAUCGCUCGAUCAUUGUACGAUAGCCAUCCUCCGCUAUGAAACUGCCUGGUCGUAGAACUUCCUUCCGUCAUAUUUCCGUCUCGAGCCGCCGACCAUAGCGUCGGUUUCCCUCGACUCACGUUAUUCUCUGCGCAGACCGUAAUCUGCGAGGGCUCCACGUCGGAUACCAAGCCGGGCAGCUUGAGCUCGACAUUUGCGCUUGACCUGCUGUUCUCUCCUUCUCUACAAGCAAUGGCUCGCGAUCAAGCACAGGCACGGAAACGAAGCGUCGCAGCAGCUUCGCAAUCCGUCGCUGACGUCAGACCAGAUAUUUCUCCCGAAAUCAUCAUUGCUCCGCCGCUGAACAAGUGGUCGAAGAAUGUCCGCGUGGGGAUCUUCGCCGCGCUUGUCCUGGCUCCUCUUAUAGUGGCGUUUGUCGUAUUAGACCUGGAUCCGCUAGAGCGACGGUCCAUUACAAUCAACGCCGUCAUGAGUGUCGCGGGAUUCGUUAUAACGACGAAGCUGAUUCCCAUGGCGGUGCCUUAUAUGCUGCGGAGAAACAUGUUUGGAUACGAUAUCAAUAAGAGAGGCUCUCCAGCUGGCGAGAUUAAGAUUCCCGAGACCCAGGGUCUGGUGGUGGCGAUCGUGUAUCUGGUGGUUACCAUCCUCUUCCAGCACUUCUACUUCACUCCUGACUCGCCUUGGCUGCUGGAGUACAACGCCGCGCUCGCCUGCAUCUGCUUCAUGGCGUUCCUCGGCUUCAUAGACGACGUGCUGGACAUCCCGUGGCGAGUAAAGCUUAUCCUGCCGUCCUUUGCUGCCUUGCCUCUCCUGAUGGCCUACUCCGGCCACACCACCAUCGUCAUCCCCAAGCCGCUGCGGCCGCUGCUAACGGGCAUCACAGGGGCGGAGGUGGCAGUGUGGGAUCUCGGGGUGCUGUAUAAGGUGUACAUGGGCAUGCUGGUGGUUUUCUGCUCCAACUCCAUCAACAUCCUCGCUGGUGUCAAUGGCGUGGAGGCAGGCCAGACUGCUGUCAUUGCUGCCUCGGUUCUCCUGUUCAACAUCUGGCAGAUAGGCGAACUGCCAGGCUUGAAGCUGCCCCUGCAGCCGGACAUGCAGCAAGCCCACCUCUUCUCCAUCUACCUCAUUCUGCCGCUGCUCGCAUGCACGCUGGGACUGCUUAUCUUCAACUGGUACCCCUCGCAGGUGUUUGUGGGGGACACCUUUACUUACUUCGCUGGAAUGACGCUGGCUGUGGUCGGAAUACUGGGCCACUUCAGUGAGACACUUCUGCUGCUCUUCCUCCCUCAAGUCAUAAAUUUCAUUUACUCUGUUCCCCAGCUCUUUAAGUUCGUGCCCUGCCCAAGACACCGCCUGCCCAAGUUCGACCCAUCAACGCACCUCCUCACGGGCAGCAACGACCUCAACCUCGUCAACCUCUUUCUCCGCCUCUUUGGCCCGUGCACUGAGGAGGCCCUCUGCAUACGCCUGCUGCUCUUCCAGGUCCUCUCCUCACUCCUCUGCUUCACUGCCCGUCUCUUCCUCCAAGGCGUGUACAAAUGAAUGGGAACAGCCAUAGUCACGCCACUUCCCUCGAUACGAGCAUGACUGUUACCGUUGCUAUCGCGGCAUUUUAUGUACCUUAAUACGUCUGACUCAGAUGUCAUUCUGCACUCCUCGCUCGCCCAAGUGUGAUGUAGCGAGGACCUUAACUGUCGGGCGUAGUUCUUUUGCUGCGGCAAGGAACGUUGCUAUGGCUCAACUUCACACCAGAAUACCCAGAUUUGGAGGGCAACUCACAAUAGUCAUACUGUCUAACUGGCAUUGCAAACUAGGUGGCAAGGGGGGUGGUUUUGGAAGCGGACAUCUUUGAAGUGGUGGUGUUUGCGCUAACAGCAGCAGCAGCAGCGGCAGCAACAGCAGCAGAGGGAGGAGGGAUGGGACAAGGUGAGGUGAGCUCAUCUAUGGUUUGCUGUGGGCUCUUCAUGUUCUAAUAUACAUUUUCUUCUAAUAUGCGUUUUGUUCUAAUAUGCGUUUUGCCAUAGAUCCCAUGACAUAUA